AUGGCCGACCUUUCAAACCUCAAGAAGCUGCGCCCAUGCGGCAGACUAGAAACAUACAGCACCGCACGACACCAUUUCGGGUUCUACAAGAACGUUGGCUUUACCGCAGAAUAUGUGGCAUCAAAGAACCCUCAAUCAUCGCUCGAACUGCGAAUCUAUACUGCGCUCCGAACAGUUAUUGCCCAGCACCCGGUCCUGACGACCAUCACGCUGAAUGAAGAUCAAUCCUAUCCCAACGUAUACUUCGCGCAACUCCCUGAGAUCGAUCUACGUACCUGCGUAGAGAUAUGCGAGAGAAAGACACCAUUCCCAAACGAUGGCGAGGCGGACGAAGAGCUCGAUCGAUACCUAGUGCAGCAGCAUAGCCGCGAUUUUAAGGACAACCUAGGCUCGAAGCCUUUCUGGCGGCUGCUGGUCCUGACUUCACCACAAGACACAUCCAAGUUCACGGCGACGUGGAUGUGGCACCAUGCGCUAGCAGACGGAACGUCAGCCUUCUCGUUUCACAAAUCAUUCCUGGCUGGCCUCAACACUCCGGAAGGCAUCGCAGAUGCGAUUGUCAAGUCUCCAUCUGCGGAUCUAGCGCCGCCAUUAGAGGACUUACAUCCAAUGACUAUAACGUGGCCUUACUUCAUCAAGGCCAUUCUUGGUGCCUUGUUACCCUCGGUAUUCGCAAAGCGACCUCCGAAACUAUGGGCGGGCAACGCUAUACAGCCGAACGCUACGCCGAUUCCGCCACCGCAUUAUCGCACGCUCGUCCUGUCGAAAGCGACUACGGACAAGCUGGCUCAAGUCAGCCGAUCUGAAAAGACAAGCGUAACAGCAACGUUGCAAUGCCUUCUCGCCGCGUCACUCUUCACCUGCCUCUCAGCAGAAGACUGUGAGAGGCUUCACAUUGAAGGCCCGAUAUCGAUAAAGAAAUUCUUAAACGUGGAGGCACAGCAGAUGACCAUGACGAUUGCCGAAUAUGCGCACCUUCACGAGCGCGUCGCAUCUCGAGAACCCAAACUCAAAGAUUCAGCAGGACUGAGUGUCCUACAGCAGUUCUCAUGGGACACUGCACGCGCAGUGAAAUCCACCAUAUCCACAGAAGUCGCCAAAUCUGGCGUCGAUAACCCCGUCGCGCUGCUGAAAUACAUCUCUUCUAUGCAGCAACAUUUCUUCGAUAAAUUAGGUAAGCCUCGCAAGUCUGCAGCAGAACUGUCCAGUGCAGGAGUAUGGAAGCAUACUCAGAGUGAAGGAGUAUGGACUGUCGGUCGGAUGGUGUUCAGCCAAUCUCCCAAUAUUGUGGCCAAUGCUUUGAAACUCAACGUUGUAACAGGUGGCGAUGGAAACGCGACGUUGAACUUCUGCUGGGCUGAGGAUGCUGUGGAAGAGCAGCUCAUGCGUGAUAUCAUCGAGGGAGUUAGGACUGGGACCGAAUAUCUAGUAGGAAGAAGCCAGGAGUAG